AGCUGGCCCCGCCAUCCCAGCAGCGGCCAGCGAUGGCGGCCAGGGGCUUGCUGGCCCCCACGGGGCUGCUGUGGCUCUGCCUGGCCCCGGCAGCGCUGCUGAGGCUGCACCAGCCCCAGCCCGUCCUGACUGUGGAGAACGGGGAUGCGGUGGAGAUCGUCUGCGAGGCCAGCGAGGCCAUGGAGCAUGAAGCCAAUGUGUUCUGGUACCAGCGUGAUGGCAGGGAUGGGCCCAAACUGCUCCUGGAUUGCGAGAGCAGGAAUAAGAGCAGAUUCUCCUGCGAGUUCAAGAGGCACAGUGCCAGUGCCACACUUCACAUUGACCAUGCCCGCCCCAACGACACCGGGCUCUACCUGUGUGCCUACCACACAGGCUUGGACUUACAUUUCGGCAACGGCACCACGCUGCUGGUGGGAGACAGCUGGAUGGGCAGGAGCUGGGUGAUGGUGCUGGCGCCCCGUGGGGCUCCCCAGGGCCCCCCUGGCCCGGUCUGUGCCGUGGGUGACACCGCCGGCCCUGUCCUCGUCUCCUGGCCGGGGGGGCCCGGGAGGGUGCUGGGGCUGGGGGGCAGCACGGGGCCGCUCAUCAGCCCCAUGGGCACGGACACGGGAACCGGGGGGCUCUGCCAAGUGCGAUUCAACGCCUCGGGGCCCCCCAUCCAGAGGAGCGUGGAGCUGUUCAGGGCUGCGGGCAGCUGCAAAACCCUCACCACCUGGGUCCUGGUUAGGGCCAUCUUGGUGCUGCUGCUGCUGUUGCUGCUCAGCAUUUGCCUCUGCCUCAGCAUCUACUGCUUCCACCGCACCACACCGAUGGGGACACGUCUCCCGGCUCUGUCCCCUGCAGGCCAGCACAGCGGGAUGAGGAAGAGCUGCAGUACGCCCAGCUGAGGUUCGCUGCCCCAGCCAGGCGCACGCCCUGACCCGCAGCCGGACGCGGUGACAGCCCCGACCCCAGAGCUCGUCCCUCCGUGCCCGAACCCCCCCGGCAUGGCGCUGUUGAACCCCCCCCAUCCCGCGGCGCUGGGGCGGCUGCACCCGCUUUGCGGCCAAGGACGAAAUAAAGAGGUUUGG